GGUAUAGUGGGUGGCGGCAUAUCUAUGGCGGCGGCGCCUCCUCCCGGCGUUCCGCGCCUCCGCCACCUCCUGGAGCUUAUCGAUAUCAAAGCUCAAAAGGACCCCGUUUCAGCCCUCUCCCACCUUGACUCUCUCGCCGCGCACUACCCGUUAUCCUCCCCCUCCAAUUCCCUCCUCUUCGGCCUCCUCCGCGCCCUCUCCGCUUCCGCUCCCUCCCACCUCCCCCGCCUUCUCGGUUUCCUCAGCCACCACCCUCGUCGCCCCAGCUUCUCUGAGACCGUUGCCAUCACGGCCCUCAAGGGCUUCUCCCGCGCCCUAAUGCCCGACGAGGCCCUGCGCACCUUCCAGGCCCUCCCCGACAUUUUCCGCUGCAACCCCGGCGUCCGCUCCCAUAACGCCCUCCUCGACGCCUUCGUCCGUGCCGAGCGUUGGGAGCAGGCCGAGUCCUUCUUCGACUUCUUCUCCACUGGCGCGCGGGUUCCUCCCAAUCUUCAAAGUUACAACAUCCUCAUCCGGGGCCUCUGUGCUCGUCAGCAACUCCAGCAGGCGUGGGAGCUCUUCCAAACUAUCCGAUUCCGGGGCAUCGAGCCAGACCUCGUCACGUACAGCACGAUUAUGCAUGCAUAUGUCAAAGGCGGAGAUUUCACCAAAGCAGUUGAGGUGUUCGAUGAAAUGUCCGAGAGGAAGGUGACUCCAGAUAUUGUUUGCUACAAUCUGCUCAUUGACGGGUUCUUGAAAAAGGCUGAAUUUGACAAGGCAAUGGCGAUUUGGGAGAGGCUGGUGAUGGAUAAGAGAGUUGGUCCUAACGUUGUUACCUAUAAUUCGAUGCUCAACGGUUUGUGCAAGCUUGGAAAGUACAAAGAGGCGAUGGAGAUGUGGAAUAGAAUGCUAAAAAAUGGCCACUCUCCUGGCACCUUCACCUACGGAAUUUUGAUUCAUGGGUUAUGCGAGUCUGGAAAUGUUGAUGGAGCAUCACUAUUAUAUGCGGAGAUGAUAAAAAAUGGAUUAAUUCUUGACAGUGUCAUAUGCAAUUCAUUGCUUGAUGGAUUCUGCAAAGCUGGGAGGUUGGAUGAUUCUUUUAAAAUGUGGGAAUCAAUGGAAAGAGAAGGCAAACUUAAUGUUGUCAGCUAUAACAUACUGAUCAGAGGUCUGUUUGGACAAGGCAGGGCAGAAGAAGCUCUCCUCUUUUGGAAGCAACUGCAGCAGCAGGAUAAUAACUUAGAACCCGAUUCCGUGACAUAUGGUGUUUUAAUACAUGGGUUGUGUGAGAAGGGAUACCUUGGGAAGGCAUUGGAGGUGUUGAAGAGCGCCCAAGAAAUUCAAGAGAAUAACAUCGAUGUAUUUGCAUAUACUUCUAUGAUAGAUGCUCUCUGUAAACAUAAGAGAAUAGAUGAAGCUCUUUCCAUAUAUGAUCAGAUGAGUAAAUUCGGUUGCAGACCAAACUCACAUACCUGCAAUGCCCUCAUAAAUGGCUUCUUCAGAGUAUCAAAUAUCUCAGAGGCUUUGCAAUUUUUCUCACGGAUGAACACUAUUGGUUGCACUCCGACAGUUGUGACCUACAACACCCUUAUUAGUGGUCUUUGUAAAACAGAAAUGUACCAUAAAGCUUACUUACUUACAAAGGAAAUGACGGGAAAAGGAUUCAAAUUGGAUCAAGUAACAUACAGCUCAUUGAUAGAUGGACUUUGCCAUGAUAAAAAACUUGAUGCUGCUCUUGAUAUAUGGAAUAAGGUCUUGCACUCCGGACGCAAUGCUGAUGAAAUUGUCCACAAUGUUAUCAUCCACGGUCUAUGCUCUGCUGGGAAAAUGGAAGAAGCCUUAUGUGUUCAUUCUGAGAUGAAACAAAGAAACUGCAUCCCUACCUUGGUCACAUACAAUACACUCAUGGAUGGACUUUACAAAUGGGGCAAAUAUGAAAAAGCAUCAGCAAUUUGGGUUGAGAUGCUAAAAGUUGGACUGAAACCUGAUAUCAUCAGUUACAACACAGCUUUCAAAGGUCUUUGUUCGUAUAACAAGACAUCUGAAGCCAUCCAGUUGUUGGGUGAUGCCUUGAGCCUUGGCAUAGUUCCAACUAACAUCACAUGGAAUAUACUUGUCAAUGCAGUAAUCAAAGAGGAACUCUUUCAGAAUUGAUUUGUAUGAGAUUCUGUCAAGGCAAACCCAAAAAGGUUAAGCAACAUGCUGUAGCCUUCUGCCAUUGAAAGAUGGAAUUAUCAAAAUCAGCAUACGGAUCAUGGCAGUAAGCAAAGCCAUUAUAUCAAGGUACAAGGGUUACUAAAUAUUCAAUCCAUAACAAGUCCAAGCCAUAGCUUUCUGACCUCCUUGAUUUGUAUCCAUGCUCAUGCUUUCAGUUUAUCAACUUCCAACCUGGGUACUGGUAAAGCUAUACUGCACAAAGAGGAAUUUCUUAUGCCAUUGUUGGCAUGAGUCAGCUUUCUCAGUGUUGGAAUCUCAUUGCCUAGUGUUGUAUGUCAGCCGUCUUCGAUGGGGCCUUGGUAUUCUUAACUUGCAACAGUUCAAUUUGGCCUUGCUGUGCCAGUGUUGAUGGCUUUUCCUCAUUCUCUUACAUUCUUCCUGGUGAAGUCUUAUACCAAGAGCAUAUUUUUCUGCCCAAACCUGGGAGCUGGUGGUUCUGGAUUGUCAUACCUUGGGAAGUGCCUAGUGCAUCCAUGAUUUUUUUUUGGUCGCCAUUUGCGUAAAAUUUUGUAGAACAGAUGUGUCCUUAUGACAUAGUAGGUCGUAUGGGAGUCUGUUACUAAAUGGCAAUUCUCCUCUGGUUUUUAUAGGACAACGAUUUACAGAUAGACGUUUUUCCUCACCUUCACUUGGCCUCUCUUUUUAAAGAUAGUUUUUUGUAGGAAUCUUAGCACUCUCCCAUACAGUGAGAAACAUCCAGGAGGGCCCAGGUGAUUUUGAGGUGAGUUUACAACAUUCUCUUGAUGGCAAAAGACGAAUACACUCGUCUCCAGCACCUCUGUCAACCUGUUCCAGAACCAAUACAGAGGAGGUAAAUCACUGGCGGCUACUAGCCUUUGGAAUAGUGACUAACACAUAAGAGAGACAUUUAUCUCGGUUUUGUCAAGAUUUGAAUCCAGACCUCAUGAUGGCAACACCUCAUGCGCUAACCACUAGAUCAUCCCGAGAGGACAGCUUAUAACAUUCUCUUGUAUAGGGUCAAGGUGAAUCCUUUGUACGUAUUGUCUUAUUUGGUCCUUUUCAAUACCCAAGUUUAAAGUGCUGACUUGGUUACUUCUUCAUGACAAGAAUAAGACAAGGAAGGUUCUCCAGAGAAACUCAGUGCAACUUUCAGAUUUUCCUGUGUAACAUGCAUUGGAACCUUUUGAUGAGUUAAGCAGAUGAGCCAAGCAUACGCCUUUUUGUUACCUGCACAGCUGCAUUAGUUGGCUGGUCUGUGUCACCUUUUAAAUCUUUCUAUAUAUUUACAUCCUUAAAUAGUUUCUUUGACACCCAAAUCAUCUUGUUAAAAGGGCAAGUUUUCUCCUGUAUCAGUAAUGAUAAUGAUGUGGCUAAUUUCUUUGUUUAGCAAAUUCUGAAAGGCCUUUUCUUUAAUCACAGUGUUUCUCUGUAGCAAUGAAACAAAUAGGUCAUGUCCAAGAUACCUUUACAUUCUGUCGCUCUGCUAAUUCAGAUCAAGCACCAGGAAACUCCUUGAGAAUAUUUUCUUGCAUCUCUUGGGAGACAAAUUUCUUAUUUUCUAACCUUAUGCAUUUGUAAUUCUUCAUGAAAUCU